AUGGCGCUCAUUCCGAGUGAUGGGAAGGUCACCGCUGAAGGGAUUCGGGGACACCUGGCGAAACUUAAUACCUUUCUCAGCGACACUGAAACGAGAAAUGUGGCCCUGCACUGUAACGAUAUCAUUGGAGACCUGGGACAGGAGUGCAUGAUUACAAGGACAGAAAACGAGAUGGUUCUGCAGAUAUCACUACUAUUCUCAAAGGAAGACGGACUGCUUGGAUUUCUCAGAAAGUCUCUGAACAACAAAGAACUCAUCGAUGCCAGAGUUGAGAUCCUCAGUCUUUUGGAAAAAGUCCUCCAGAAAUUGUCCUCAAGUGUUAAAGGUUGGGAGAAGAACUAUGCCGUUGAUAUCAAGGAUACGUGUCUCGUUGUGUAUACCAAGGACAAGGCAGCCAAAUGUAGAGUCCCAGCACUUGAGCUUCUCAUCAAGGUCCUGUACAUUACUAAGGAUUCUGUCAUAGUUCAGGACUUCAAAGUUGGUGAAAUCUUCAACAAGUUUUAUGGCGAGCUCUGUCAGAAGCAUAAACUGCCUGACACAGUACUGGGUAACAUCUAUGAAGUUCUCGGAGUUCUGGGUGAGGUGCAGCCAAGUGAUAUGGUCAAUCAUUCCGAUAAACUGUACAAGGCUUACUUGGGGGAGCUGAAAUCUCAGAUGAUGUCUCAUACAAAGGAACCCAAGCUGCCUCUUGUUGCUGGGUGCCUAAAAGGAAUUACUGCACUUAUGGUCAAUUUCACCAAGUCCAUGGAGGAAGAUCCAGGAACAUCAAAGGAAAUAUUCAAUUAUGCUCUGAAGGCAAUCAGUCCUCAGGAGGAACUGAAGCGCUAUGCCGCCACCUUCGCUGGGCUCAGACUGUUUGCCAAGCAUGCUGCGCAGUUUAGCAGUUGCCUAAUGGAUCACUACAGGACAGUGUUUGAUGUCAUGUCCAAAUUGUGUGGUCACCGGAAUGGCGAGAUGAAGAAGGCCAGCUACUAUGCACUGGAGUCCUUUCUCAAACAGGUUGCUGUUUUGGUAGCAGAGGACGUGGAGCUUCACAAAAGCAAGUUGAAGUUCUUCAUGCAAAAAUUCUGUGACAUCAUCAGGACGAUGGAAUCCACGCACAAGGAGCUCUCCAUCGCUGUCCGAGGAUAUGGACUUUUUGCAGCGCCAUGUAAAGUUGUGUGCCCCCAAGACGUGGACCUGAUGUUUACGGAGCUCAUCCAGCGCUGCAAACAGAUGUAUCUGACCGAGUCGGACACCGAGAACGACAACCUCUAUCAGCUGCCCAGCUUUCUGGACUCCAUUGCCAGCAUCCUCUUCCACCUGGACAGGAUUCCGGAGGUGUACAGGCCGGUGCUGGAGCACCUGUUGGUUGUUCAGAUUGACUGCUUCCCCCAGUACAGUCCCAGAAUGCAGCCCAUCUGCUGCUCCUCUGUCGUCAAGGUGCUGCUUGCCAUAGCGAACAAAGGCCCUGUCCUCUGGAACUUCAUUGCGACUGUGGUGCAUCAGGGCAUGGUUCGGGUCUGCUCUAAACCUGCGCUUCCACCCGAGGCUAGCUCUCAGGCUCACAUAAGAUCUGUUGAGGAAGAAGACUGGUCCCAGUUUCAGUCUGGCAAAAGGAAGGUCCCCUCCUACCGGGACUACCUGGAUCUGUUUGGAGGCCUGCUUGACUGUGACCACUUAAAGCACUCUGGAAUACUUGACGGGGCUUUUGAAACGCAGGUUGCUGCACUGAAGAGUCUGAACCAUCUGCUAUAUGAUGAAAUGAUUAAAUCGGUUCUUAAAAUUAUUGAGAAGCUUGACCUCUCUGUGCAUAAACUGACCCCUGAGGAGGAGGAGAAAGGGGAUGAUGCCAAAGCCAUCCAGAUGACGUCCACUGACCCGAUGGUGGACAUCCUACCAAACAAGCCCAAGGACUUCACUGCCUUCAUCAACCUGGUGGAGUUGAGCAGUGAGCUGCUUUUGCGUAAACGCGUGGAGUACUUUGAGCAGUGGGUUUACCCUCUGAGUCACACGCUCAUCCUGCAGUCCACACGAUUUCCCCUGGUCAGCGGCUUCUACAAGAUGCUCUCUGUCACCAUGAAAAUAGCCAAGAAAAUAAACUACUUCAAGCAUGUAAACACCAAAAGCUUUGAGUCCGCACCUCAAGACCCAGAGAAGUCUGCUUGCUUUGCACUCUUUGCGAAGUUUGGAAAGGAGGUGUCGGUACGGCUGAAACGCAAUAAAGAUGAGCUGCUGGCAUCUUGUUUAACCUUGGUCCUCUCCCUACACCAUGACAUCAUUGCUCUCGACAUCACUACAUAUAUACCUGCCCUCAAGGCAGCGUUCAGGCUGGGUCUGAGCCACCCUCCCCUGGCCAUCGCGGCCCUGGAUGCCCUGGAGGAAUGGUCCUCCGGCCUGCCCCGGGACCUCAUGCAGCCCUAUUACAGAGAGGUCCUGCCCUGCCUGGACAGCUACCUCAAAACUGCCACUGCAAAUGACGAGAAUGAAAAUAAGAACUGGGACAUGUCGAGUGUGUCCUCUGGGAGAGAAAAGGGGUACAGUAAACUCCUGAUGAGACUGCUGAAGAAAUCUAAACGCCUGGCGCCGGAGGAAGACUCCCCCAGUGUGCUGGUCAGGCGUAGGGUGGUGCAGCUCCUGGGGCACUUGGGUGGACAGAUGAACAGGAGUCUGGUGACAGCUACAUCAUCUGAGGAAAUGAUGAAGAAGUGUGUUACUUGGGACUCUGAAAAGACUCUCAGCUUUGCGGUGCCGUUUGCUGACAUUAAGCCGAUAAUCUACCUGGACACUUUUUUGCCACAAAUAACAGAACUGGCCUUAUCCACAAGCAACAGGCAAACAAAGGUGGCUGCCUGUGAGUUGCUCCACAGCCUGGUGGUGUACAUGCUGGGUAAGGCCUCUCAGAUCCCAGAGGGGGGGAAGUCAACGCCUCCCAUGCACAACCUGUACAAGCGUGUGUUCCCAGUGCUGCUUCGCCUGGCGUGCGAUGUAGAUCAGGUAACAAGGCAGCUGUAUCAGCCCUUGGUGAUGCAGAUCAUUCACUGGUUCACCAACAACAAAAAGUUUGAAAGCGAGGACACAGUAUUGCUACUGGAAGCCAUUCUGGACGGCGUGGUUGACCCACUCGACAGUACCCUCAGGGAGCUUUGUGGCCUUUGCAUUCAGGAGUUCCUCAAAUGGUCUAUUAAGCAGACCACGCCCAAGCAGCAGGAGAAGAGCCCUGCUAACAUUAAAUCUCUGUUCAAACGCAUCUACAGCCUUGCCCUGCACCCCAAUGUCUUCAAGAGAAUGGGGGCCGCACUGGCGUUUAACAGCAUCUACAAGCAGUUCAGGGAGGAGAAUGCACUGGUGGAUCAAUUUGUCUUUGAGGUUCUGGGAAUAUUCGUGGAAAGCUUGUCUCUGGCACACACAGAUGAAAAGUCUUUAGGGACACUGCAGCAGUGUGGGGAAGCCAUUGACCACCUGAAGAGAAUCAUCAAACACAAGGCUGCUUCUCUCAACCAGGCUGCCAAGAGACGCACUCCCAGGGGUUUCCCUCCACUCCAAACGGUGUCUUUGUCAGAUGUUGUAAAAUGGAUCUUGCUGCAAUGUGGACGUCCUCAAACUGAGUGCAGACACAAGUGCAUGGAACUGUUCUAUGAAUUUGUGCCCUUAUUGCCAGGAAAUAAAAACCCAACAUUAUGGCUUGAGGAUCUCUUGAAGCAAGAGGGUGAGGACUUCCUAAUCGGUAUUUUUGAGGGUGGGGGGUCCCCCGGCUUGUGUGGACUGCAGGCCCAAGCCACCAUUCGAGACCUUGAGGGGCCCUUCAGCCUAAGGGCCACACUGCAGUGGAUGGACAUGUUGCUAGCGGCUCUGGACAGCUACAAUACAUUCAUUGGGCUCCACCUCAUCAAGCCCCAGGAGAUGCUGGGUUUGAAGAAGUCAAGCUUUUUGAAGGCUGUUCAGUUCUUUAUAACGGAACUGGCUAUGCAAGACCUUUCGGCAGCUGAGAACUGCUUCUCUGUGGGACAGAAAACUGCCCUCUUCAGCCCCAAAGAAAGGGAAGAUUACAACUACAGCAAAGGCACCAUCAUUGUACGCCUCAUGGAGUUUGUCACAAUGGUGUUGCUUAAGGGUCAGCAGAACCUCUGGAAGCUUCUUGCAGAGAUCAUAAACUCUGCAUUUGUGGAGCUUGUGGCUGCGAUUGUUUGCGAGCCUUCAUCCAUCGGGUUCAACAUGGCAAAUAUGGAGGUAAUGACCAACUUGCCUGAGGUCUGUGUGCCUCUCCUUAAGGCCCUGUUGACGUCACCUUUCAAAGAGAAUUUGGAGAGCAGCAUCAGGAAGAGAAUGUCUCUCAAAAGGGUGGAAGAGUUGUUUGAUCUGGAUCUGUUUGACCCCGAGGCCCGCGCUGGUCAUGAACAGCUUCGGCUGAUUCUGUCUGCCUGCAAGCAGCUGCAUCGAGCUGGACUCCUGUCCUCCAUUCUGUGUAGUGAGGGCUCCAGUCUUGACAAGGUGCUGGGAUCCAGGCUUCUGUCAGGAGUGUAUAAGGGGAUUGGCCCCAGCGAAGAGAGGAAGGCUCUCCCUACCAUGGAUGUGAACAGCAGGAAUUUGGCAAAUGGGCUGCUCCAGCUGGCAUUCUCAUUAGGAGGACAGGGCGAGCAAGUCGUGCACUUGUUGCUGAAUACCACCAUGCUCUCGGUACCUCUGCCAGAGAGUUCCACUCGGAACUACACCAGCUUUGCCCACGGAGAGUACUUCUACAGUCUCUUUCAGACCACUGUCAAUUCUGAGCUGCUGAAGAACCUGGAUGUCACCAUGCCACUGCUUAUGAAGAUGACCACCAUCAACUCCAGCAUGGUCAGCGUCCUCUUGAAUGGAAUGCUGGAUCAAAGUUUUCCGGAGCGGUCACAGCCAAAGAGCCAGGGAAGCAGGCUGGUGGGGCAGAUACUGAAAAGCUGGGACUUCCUGCGUCCGUGGUGGACUGGUGCUGGUUCCUCCCCGGAAAGCAAGAUGGCCACCCUAACUCUGCUGUCUAAAAUGCUGCAGAUAGACUCCACCAUCUGCUCAAACCCCAGCCAUGAGGCUUUUAAUGUGGUUUUCUCCACAUACACCAGCCUUGUUACUGACACUGUCCUGCCAUUGAACCUCAAGACCCAAACGUUGUUGGUCCUUCCGUUUUUUACCUCUUUGCCGGAGGGACCGCUGGCAGAGCUGCAGAAGGCUCUGGAGCUGCUUGUUGCGUCCCACUUCCCCAUGCAGUCCGACGAGUUUCCCAGGGGCUCCCUGGAGUUCAACAACUAUGCUGACUGCAUCAAGAAAUUUCUUGAGGCCCUGGAGUUCUCCCAGAGUCCUGUGCUGCUGAAAAUCCUGGCGGAAGUGCUGUGCCGUGACGAGAGACACAUUCUGGAGGAGCUGUUCCAGACUGCGUUUCACAAAAUUGCAAAACGGUCGAACUGUGAACGACAGGUGUUGCUGCUCGACACAAUCUACAGGACAUUCCACGGGGAAGGGCCUUCUUCCAACACCAAAUGUGAUGCUGUGGUGGAUCGGAUACUGCUUCCCCUAAUACUACACUGCAGCCUUGACGCCCUCCGCAAGUUCUUCACCUCUCAUGUUGCAGAACUCAUGACAACUCUACAGGCCAGGUUCAUGAAGUCAAUUGAAGUUGCGUUUGAGGCCCAAAUAAAUAAGAAAAAAGGCUGCUACAAGCUACUGGAAGUGCUAUACUCACGCCUUCCCAAAGUGGACGUCUAUUCUAAGGAUUCGGAGAUCAACCAGGCUUUCUCUGGAACAAGCACAGUGGAGGGAAAUGAGCUGUCCAAAACCCUGAUCAAGUCCUGCUUUGAGGCUUUCACAGAGAACAUGACUGGUGAGACCCAGCUUCUGGAGAAGAGGAGACAGUAUCACUGUGCUGCCUACAACUGUGCAAUCGCUGCCAUCAGCUGCAGCUUCAGUGAGGCCAAGUUCUACCAAGGGUUCCUCUUUUCCGAGAAGCCAGAGAAAAAUCAGUUUAUAUUGGAGAAUAUCAUUGACAUGCAGAAGACGUACAGAUUCCCCAUAGAAGUUGAGGUUCCUCUCGAGAGGAAGAACAAAUUUGUGACAAUUCGGAAAGAGGCCAGUGCAGAGAAUGAAGAAGAACCUCACUACCUGCCCACACAGUCCUUCAUGGCUGGUAGCAGCCUGAGUGAGGAGAUGAGUCAGUUCGACUUCUCCACGGGUGUCCAGAGCUUCUCUUACACUUCUGACGUCACUGGCCGCCAGACAGCCGGCAGCAGCAGGGGACGGACAGAGGCAGCCCCUCAGGAUGAGACGAUAGAGCUGGAGAUGGACGAGCUGAACCAACACGAGUGCAUGGCCACCAUGAUCAUCCUAGUCAGACACAUGCAGAGGAUCACGCCCAGUGUGGAGCAGGGUGCAGAACCAAGUGAACUUCCGCCGUGGAUGAAGUUUUUUCAAGGAAAAUUAGAAAAUUCUUCCACGCGGUUGAAUGUCCGUCUCUUCAUUGCGAAACUGAUCAUUAACACUGAGGAGGUUUUCCGUCCGUAUGCCAGAUUCUGGCUGGGGCCUCUGUUGCAGUUGGUGAUUUCUGAAGAGAAAGGAGGUGCUGGAAUCCACUCCAUGGUGGUUGACAUUGUUGUCACCGUCCUGUCCUGGACCAGUCUGGCCACCCCAAAGGGUAACACAAAAGAUGAGGUCCUUGCGAAUCGGUUGCUGCUGUUCCUCAUGAAGCACUGUUUUCACAGUAAGAGAGCUGUCUUCAGGCACAACCUGGAGAUCAUAAAGACCGUGGUGGAGUGCUGGAAAGCCUGCCUUGUGGUGCCUUACGGUCAGAUAUAUGAGCAGUUUUCUGCGACAGACCCCAGCAGUAAGGACAACUCUGUGGGGCUUCAGCUCCUGGGGAUAGUGCUGGCCAAUAAUCUCCCUCCUUAUGACCCCAGAUGUGGGGUAGAGUAUCAAAGGUACGUCCAGUCUUUGACAAGCAAUCUUACCUUUGCGUCCAUGGAAAUCUACACCCCAGCGUCAGAAAUAAUUGGCCUGAGCAUGCAGUUUAUGGCAGAGAAAGAGAAGCAAUCCGAGGGACCCCUUUUCGACCUCACUGCUAAUAAGCUGAAGGAGCUUAAGAAAAUGAAUAAAGACGACCGAUUCAUUCUUUGCUUGAGUAAGGUGUCCAGGCACUACCCCCCCUUCGUGGAUGGGUUUUUGAGCCAAGUGUUUUACCUGUUGCCAAAGAUGCACGGCCUGCUGAAGACACACUGUCUUGAGUGUGUACUUAGCCGGGCGGAUAAUAUCCCAGAUGUCUACUUCGAGCUAAAAACUAAGGACUUCAGCCGAGUCAUGGGCCACAGGGAUGUGGCCAGACAGGUUGUCUGUCUAAGUAUUGUCCACAAGAUUCUGCCAAACCUGAAGCCAGAGGAAGUUCAAGAGAUCCUUGGUGUGGUGACUUCCUUUGUUAGCCACCCCUCUCCUGUGUGCAGAGAGCACAUGUAUGACAUUCUCAUGUGGAUUCAUGACAACUACAGUGACAAGGAGAGUCAGUCUGACAACGUCUCAGUGGAUGUCUACAGUAGAGCAAAAGACACUCUGCUACAGGGACUUCUGGAUGAAAACCAAGGCCUUCAGCUGUACGUGCACAACUUCUGGAGCCAUGAGAAGCGUCUUCCCACGAGCACGCCGGAGCGCAUGCUCGCCCUGCUGCACUCGAUGUACUCUACCGGGACCGAGGCCCGCUUCCUCAGCCUGGCCACCAACCUGCUGCUGGAGCUCACCAGCCGCAGCCCCGACUACAGCCGGCCGCUGUUCGAGUACCCGCUCUCCGAGUGCAAGUUCCAGGAGUAUGUGAUCGACUCCAGCUGGCGUCACAGAAGCACAGUCCUCACUCCCAUGUUUGCGGAGACCCUGGCCAGUCAGGCUGGACCCCAGUCCCAGUCCUCGUCCCAGGACCGCAGCUGGGUCCCAGGAGGCCAGCUCCGUGCCACCCAGGCUACCCUGGAGUUCACCCCGACUCAGACCACAGGCAGGCGGAAGGCCUUCAACUGGCUCACCGGCAGCAGUGUGACCACCGUGGCAGAGUACACCCCACCCUCCUCUGGUUCCUUAAUGGUUUUUGGGAAGACCGAACGACAGCAAGUCUCCAGGAAGGCCUUGGGGGCCGAUUUUGGCUUGAAGCAGCUCAGCACCCCUACGGACACUGUGGACAGUAUGACCAAUGCUGCGAUGGAGAAGCGGGCUCACAUCCUGAGGCUGAAAAGAAAGUUCUUGAAGGACCCUGAGAAAACCAGCUUGAGCUUUGCAAAGAAGGAGAUCAUUAAACAGAAGGAAGAGAAGGAGAAGGCCGCGGAUCAGAAAGUGCGGCGGGAUGCCCAGGUGACCCUGUACCGGCGGUACAGGGUGGGAGAGCUGCCCGAUAUCCAGAUUCAGCACAGCAGCCUCAUCGCCCCCUUACAGGCCCUGGCACAGAGAGACUCCACUCUGGCGAAGCAGCUGUUCAGCUCUCUGUUUGCUGGGAUCCUGGUAGAAAUGGAAGGGGAAAGGAGGAGAGUCACAGAACAGCUUCUGGAGGACAUCAACAACUUCCUCAGCAAAAGCACAAUAUACUUCCCUCCCUUCGUGUCCUGUAUUCAGGAAAUGUGCUACCAGCACAAGGAGCUACUGAAGGUGCACCCGUCGGGCGUGAGCUCCAGCUGCCUGUCCAGCCUCCAGCAGCCCAUGGGUGUGCUGCUGCUGGAGGAGGCCCUGGGACAGGACUGGGGCCCCGCACAGCCCGCAGCCAAGCGCUCGCGCACCCAAAAACAGGUGUCCCCCGACACCGAGCGCUGGAUCCACCUGGCCAAACUGUACAGGUCUUUGGGAGACUACGAUGUUGUGCGCGGGAUCUUCAGUGGCAAGAUUGGGACCAAGCCCAUCACCAACAGAGCACUUCAGGCAGAAGCGAAGAGCGACUAUGCGGAAGCAGUUAAACUCUAUAAUGAGGCUUUGAACACUGAGGAGUGGAUGGACGGAGAACCCACUGACACCGAGAAGGACUUCUGGGAGAUCGCCGCCCUAGAGUCCUACUCACAUCUGACUGAGUGGUCUGCUCUUCAAUACUGCUGCACCGUCAACUUCGAAGACCGCUCACCCACCGGGCUGCAGAAGAUCUGGACCGAUCCCUUCUACCAGGAAGCCUAUCUGCCCUACCUGAUGCGCAGCAUGGUGAAGCAGCUGCAGCUGGGACAGCAGGACCAGGCUCUGCUCACCUUUGUCGACAACGCCAUGACGGUGGAGGAGAGGAAGAGCAUCAUGGAGACCUGCUACAGCCAUGAGCUCAGCCUGCUGUACAUCCUGCAGGGAGACUACCACCGGGCCCAGUACUACGCCAACAACAGCGUUCAGGUCUUCAUGCAGAACUACGCCAGCAUCGAUUCUCUCCUGAAUGAAAGCCGCAUGACCAAACUGCAGUCGGUGCAGGCUCUGACAGAGACUCAGGAGUUCCUUAACUUUGUCAAAAGAGAUGUAACACUGAAUUCCCUCAAGAAACUGGUUACACUUUGGACAGAUCGGUAUCCUGAUGCAAAAAUGGAUCCAAUGAAUGUGUGGGAUGACAUCAUUACAACUCGGUGCUUCUUCCUGGACAAGAUUGCUGAGAAACUCACCACCUCAGCCUCUGGUGACACCAUGGAGGUGGAUGGUGAUGGAGCCAGUGAAGUGAAUGUACCACCUGAUCACCCAGACCAUCUCACUAUGAUGAUAAAGGACUGCAAGUUCAGCAUGAAGCUUAAAAUGGCUGACAGUGCAUGGAUGCAGAAUAACUUUUCAGUGGCGACCAAGUUGCUGAAAGAGAUCCACAGGGAGGCGAAGAUGCAGCCCAGCUGGCUGUUGACCUGGGUCCACAGCUUCACACGCUACAGUCACAAACGCUGUCAGAGCCAAGCCAAAGCAGAUCAAAUCCUGACUGUCCUCAAGACCGUCCCACUGCUCGAUGAAGCACAGAUGAAGUACACAGAUGCAACAGCAAAGUCUUUCCAGGAGCAUCACAUCUUACUAGGAACUACUUACUCCAUCCUGGCUUCGGCUCUGAGUCGGGACUCCACCCUUCUGCAGGCUGUCGGGAGUGAGAAGGCGGAGAGGCUACUGCAGCUGUCUAGAACAUCUUCACCUCCCAACCCUCAGCAGGUGGUGGUGGGACUGCAGCGGCGGGCUCUGGAGCUCCUGCGCGGUGCGGUGAAGGCGGCCGAGGGGAAGCCACAGUCCUGCCCGGGGGGGGCUGUUGACACCCCCAACACUGUAGAGGCCUACCUGGCUCUGGCCAAUUUCUGUGACAAAAAACUGCGUGACGAGGAGCAGAACAUUCAAGCUUCAGAAUUCCCAGAGCUCACCACAUUCCCUGUCAUUGUGGUGGAGAUGCUGUUGAAAGCCCUGAAGAUGAACUCGGAAGAGGCUCGGCUAAAAUUCCCACGGCUCCUACAGAUAAUUGAGCUGUAUCCUGGCGAUGCCCUGAAUCUCAUGGCCAAAGAGGUCUUGUCUGUGCCGUGCUGGAUGCUGAUUGGUUGGAUCAAUCAGAUGAUUGCGCUGCUGGACAAACAGGAGGCGAUUGCGGUGCAGCAGAUUAUCCAGGAGAUCGCUGAGCUGUAUCCACAGGCACUCAUCUACCCCUACAUGAUCAGCAGUGAGACCUUUGACUUCCCACUCUCUGCCACCGGGCAUGCAAACAAGGAGUUUGUCACCAGGCUGAAAUAUCUGCUGGAUAAAGGGGGGGUUCAUAAAGACUUCAUUGAUGCCUUGCAGCAGCUCACAAACCCUGAAAUGCUUUUCAGGGACUGGUGGGACACUAUGAAGAAUGAGUUGGAGAAACCAGGCACAGACAAGAAGACAAUCAGGGCAAUGUAUGGGGAAAUGCACUCUAUUCUGGGAAAUCAGAAAGCAGAGGGUUUUGGGUCUUUCCGCAAGAGGUUCAUACAGAAAUUUGCCAAAGAGAUCGAGAAAUUGUUGGGAGAGGGUGGCUCAAAGCUAUUUGAGAAGAGGAAGGACAAUAACUAUCUGAAGUCAGUGGAGGCUCUGGGAUCUUCCAUGCGUGUAUUCCAGAAGGAGCCAGGGAACCUGAAGGAGUAUUCCCCCUGGAUGAGCAGUUUCAGAGCGGAUAUCCUGAAGAAUGAGCUGGAGAUCCCAGGACAAUAUGAUGGCAGAUCCAAGCCUUUGCCAGAGUAUCAUGCCAAGAUUGUUGGAUUUGAUGAGAGGGUAAAGGUUAUGACCUCCAUCCGGAAGCCCAAGAGGCUGAUCAUUCGGGGAGAUGAUGAGAGGGAGCACCCCUUUCUGGUGAAAGGUGGGGAGGACCUGCGGCAGGAUCAGCGCAUCGAGCAGCUCUUCGGCAUCAUGAACACCAUCCUGUCCCAGGACUCCAGCUGCUCUCAGAGAAACCUGCUGCUCCACACCUACCAGGUGGUUCCCAUGACGUCCAGGAUUGGCCUGAUUGAGUGGAUAGGAAACACCUGCACACUGAAGGACUUCCUGAACAGCAGCAGGACUGAGGAGGAGAAAAAUUCAUCAAGACCGAUGGAAGCUUACGAAAGUUGGCUCAGCAAAAUGGCAGGGAGAGUUGAUGGAAUUGCUCGAUAUGGUGAAGUGUACAGGAAAGUAAAUCGCAAUGAGACGGUCACCAAUUUUAGGAAUAUUGAGCGCCUUGUCCCAGAGGAUCUUCUGAGGAGAGCGUUCCUGAAGAUGAGCAGGACGCCCGAGGCCUUCCUCUUUCUGCGGUCCCACUUCUCCAGCUCCCACGCCCUCAUAUGCAUCAGCCAGUGGGUCCUGGGCAUCGGGGACCGCCACCUGUCCAACUUCAUGGUCAACCUGGAGACCGGAGGUGCUGUCGGCAUCGACUUUGGCCACGCCUUCGGCUCUGCCACGCAGUUUCUGCCUGUUCCUGAGUUGAUGCCAUUCCGCCUGACGCGGCAGUUCCUUAACCUAAUGCAGCCUAUGAGAGAGUCUGGUCUGAUACAGAGCGUCAUGGUACAUUCACUCAGGGCCUUCAGAGCUGAUCCAGACCUGCUCCUCAACACAAUGGACAUCUUUGUCAAGGAGCCUUCUUUGGACUGGAAGAACUUUGAGCUGAAGCAGCUGAAGAAGGGGGGUACAUGGGUGCAGACUGUAAACACCAAAGAAAUCAACUGGUACCCAGUUCAGAAGGUCAACUUUGCCCGAAGGAAACUGGAAGGAGCUAAUCCAGCUGUUAUCACCAGCGAGGAGCUGAGGCUGGGCUUCGAGAAAGCGGCCCCUUUCAAAGGCAUGCUGGCGGUAGCGCUGGGGCAGGAGGAGCACAACGUGCGCGCGCGGGAGAGUGCAGACGGCCUGUCUGUGGAGGCCCAGGUGGACUGCCUGCUGGACCAGGCCACCGACCCCAACAUCCUUGGCCGAGUGUGGUUCGGCUGGGAGGCCUGGAUAUGAACAUCACCUCCUACACACCUGCCGUGUCACACAUUCCUUUCCUACUAAAACAAAUACCAUUACCAGAGUCAUCAAAAAUCGUAUUGGAUAGAGUAGGUACUGACAACUGAGUUUUCGCAUGGUUUUUUUUAUACAAAUUGUAUGCUGAGUGAAUGCACAUUUAAUAUGGUUCCUGGAAAAAUAAAUGUUGAUUCCACCAAUAA